UUUUUUGCCACCUUGUAUUGCAGAUUGCAUAGAUGCACAUGUAAGAAGUUUGCUUUUAUCCACAUUUCACCCACUAUCAAACAGGAGAGCCAUCUGUCUGGUGGAUUCUGCUAUGUAGAUUCAUUGAAAAAAUCAAGUCAUUCUUGUAAUCAGGUGUGCUUUUUUCGAAUAAAUGGACGCUAGAAAAAUAUUGGCAAAUAUUGUAGCCAUCUAUUUGUUUGGAACACCUUAGACCGCCUGAUGAGCAAACCCCUAUUUUUGGGCCAGGUCAUCUGAUAUUGCCGCCCACCUGAUGGAGAGCUCAUCGUUCAACAUGUGCGCCAUCUAGUCAAACUUUAGCAGUGGCAAACAAAGGGAGCAACAUCAUACAUGUCUAAAGAAGAUUUUAUUAUGUUUAGUGUUAAUUAUGUCCAGUUUGUUAUUUUCAGGAAGACCAUAAACAUAAUAACAAUGGGUUACCACCUCUGUGGGCAAUGCUUGCCAUUGCUGUGUUGGGAUUCAAUGAAUUUAUGACUCUUUUUAAGAAUCCUUUGUAUCGCUUCAUUAGAUUCAUUGUUUAUCUAUUGGCCAAAGCACUCUGGACCCAGCUAGACAUCUCAGGUGAAUUUCGAAAUGGCACUGUGGCUGUGAACACCGUACUUCAAGAUGAGAAGGAAUUUUUGAACCACAUCAUAAAGUUGACAAACAUGAAGUGCCUCACUCCAGUGUCUACCCUGGAUGGAGAUUGUGGGUUUCUGGCUGCUAAUCUGUAUGCGAAGAGUGUGUUGAUGCUUUGGUCAAUCUGAGCAUUGAGAAGCAAGUGAAUCAAAUCAUCAAUGUGUCUCGACUCGAAAAACCUUGACCAUGUGAAUGACUCUACCAAAUUCGUUGGCUGAGUUUAGCUAAAAUGGUUGAUCUAUUCUGUUUUUACAAAUUAAGUUGGUAUUGCUAUACCUAUAUUAGUUGGUAUUUUGAAUAGCUGAAUAUUUAUUUUGUCUUUGG